AUGGUCAAAGAGAAUAGCAAGAUUAAGUCAUUGACUGUCAACACCCUGUGUCCAGCCAUCCACAAACUGGCUGAGAUGCCCCCCUCUUUUGACACAUCUCGGACUGUGGACCCCUUCAUCCUAGAUGUCAUCACCUACUAUGUUCGAAUGGGCACUCAACCCAUAUAUUUCCAGAUCUACAAAGUCAAGAUCUUCUUCAGCGAUGGCAGCCAGGGCCCUGCUGAGGACGUUUUCCUCACGGAGCUGAAGGUGAAAGUUCAGGACUCCAGAUUCCCCAAAGAUGGUUUUCUCUCCAAGAAGCGAGGUGUGGCAGAGGGCCAAGGGGCCGAGCUCUCCAUCUGCUACCAGAAGGCCCUGCUCAGCCACCGGACACGAGAGAUCACAGUUUCUCUGCGAGCCACUGGGCUGGUCUUGAAGGCCAUUCCAGCCAAUGACUCUGAAGGGCCCACCCACUUCCCUCACUCCCCUGCUCCUGCUGCUACAGACCACAUAUGCCUGAACGUCAGCGUGACAGAGGUUGUCAAAUCAUCCAACUUAGCAGGAAGGUCUUUCUCCAUAGUGACGAACACCUUCCGGACGGCCAACAUCCAGAUUGAGAGCCAGGAGCAGAGGCUGCUGAUGCUGUCACUAGACAAGGACAAUCGGCGGACCUUCAAGGACGUGAUCAGAUUUGAGGUUGCUCCCUGCCCAGAGCCACGUUCUGGGGCCCAGAAGUCCAAGGCAUCAUGGCGCAGUUCUCACCGACAGAAGGAGACAGAGACCAUCAAACCCACACCCAAGCCUCUCCUAAUGCCCAUCAACACAUUCUCUGGCAUCAUCCAGUGA